UUUAGUUUAUUAAUGAGUAUCACUGAUUUCCGCCAUUCUCUCUUGCCCCUACCAGGCGUCGCGAACAUAUCGUCUUAUUAUGAUUGUAAUUCUUGUAUUCUUGUUCUUAGUUUGAAUUGAGUGUGUUUGCUAUCUUAUUGUAGAAAUUUGCAACGACUGUCAGUUUCCUAACCUCUUUGCCGACGAAUGUUCCGGUGUUUCAUAUUGUGUUCAGUUAAUAGUAACAUAUAAUCACAUAACAUGAUGUCGCGGUCUGUGCGUGCAGAGACUCGUAGUCGUGCCAAGGAUGAUAUUAAGCGUGUAAUGCAAGUCGUUGACAAAGUUCGCCAUUGGGAAAAGAAAUGGGUUACAAUCGGAGAAACUACUAUGAAGAUUUAUAAAUGGGUACCUAUAUCGACACUUGAUCAGAAGAAGAAAGGAAAAACAGUUGCAGACAAAGAAAAUGGUUUGCCAAGAAAAAGUGGAUUAGAUUCUUCAAAUUCCAACUUUGGUCUUACAGAAGAUUCAAAUACAUGUUUUUCAACUGUUAGUGAUUCUCAAGGAUUAACAGACUUUUCUGCACAUCUGGGAUUUUCAGAAGAUUCCAAUUCACAAAAUAGUGAACCAACACCUAAAAGAUAUUCAGUGCAUUUUAUGAUCUGAUUUGAAAGAGACAACAAAAAUGUAGUAUAAAAUUAUUUUUCAAAACAGAUUAUAUAUUUUAAAUAAUAUUCAUAUCAUCAUAAUAUUAUUUAAUUCAUGAAAUACAAACAAGAUUUUCAUUGAUUUAAUUAUAACAUCUUAAUCAUUGACAUAUAGAAUCUGGGACAUGUAAAAUAGAUAAUGAUACUUAUUUUUGCUGUAAAAUAGUACCUCCAAAACACUUAUGUAUAAUGUUACAUUUAUCUUAAAGCUAUUUAUGUGUCUAAACAUAAUCACAUGUUCAAUAGUUGUUUGAUAAUUGAGUAUCAUUGUACAUACUUCAAAUACCAUUUUUUUGCUGAUUUAUAUUUUACAAUGAACUUGCAUUCCUUGAGAUUAUGUUAUAGCACCAUGAAAUGUACAAAAUACGCUUUGACACUUAUAAAUAAAAGAAUAAAAUUGCGAAUGUUUGAAUUUAUAUUUACAUAAGUUUUUAAGAAAGCAGAAAAUGCUUUGGUAAUGUUAUUACAUAAUCAUUUUCAUUUAUUUAAAAGCUAAUGUACUUAAAAUAUAUAAUGUUUAAACAUUUAUUAAAAGGAAGCAAGAAAAAAAUUUAUUACAUAGUUAAUUAUUACAAUUUCUGUAUGAUAACUGUAUAUAUAAAUUCUUAUCUAUUAUUUUAAUAAUCUGUGUGUGUACGUUAUGGACUAUGUACAGAAAAAAUCCGAAUAUAAAAAAAAA